AUGUCACCAGAGCCGACAAGACCAGACCUGGCGUCCGACGGUGAGGCGGAGGCCCGCAAGUCGACAGUCGACGACCUGGGCCAACAACAUCGCGAUGUCUUCACUCGCGCGCUCUUCAAUGUUUUGUCCACGCCGGCUGCUGAGACCACCUUUGCCCAGAUCCUCGAUGGUGCGCCGCUCAGCCAGAGUGUCCAGGACGUUCCUGGUUGGAUCUAUCCGCUGGACCACCCUGUUCGCACCCAACAUCUUGAACUAUGCCCUGGAGUCUUGGAGAGAACUAGGCACAGCCGCAGCACUUGUGAUCUGAAGGAGUUGAAAUUUGACUCCCAGCUUUUUCACAAGUACCACGCCGCAUCACCAGGUUCGAGGGCCUUUAAGACCUGCUUGAUCGAGAUGAUCGCUGUUUCUAUCCACCAGAUCGCAGUCUAUUUAUAUGAGCUUGAUCUGGAUCUUGGCAGCCAUAAGGAUCUCGUGACGUGGGUGGCCCCCGCGAAUGAUAAGGUCUUUCACCGAUUCUAUCGGGAUGGCAAACUGCCAAGCCUCUUCAUCCAUAAACAAUAUCGGGAUAUCAAGCAAUAUCCUAACGGAGCCGCCGACAUGGUGGGAUACUGGGCUGAGGCGCAGAUCUUUGGCGGUGUCGUGCUCUUUGACCGGCGCAAGCCCUGCGACCGCGAGCCUCAUGAGGAUGCGCAGCCUGACGCCGUUUUCUUCCACUCAAAUCACAAGAAUGUCACCUAUCGGAUUUGGCAGCUGCUCGACACACAAAAGAAGGAGCUGUUGGACUUUCUGCUCUCAGAGCCAGACACAGAGGGAAAUAGAAAUAACGGCGUGCCCUGUCCCUUACCUAUCUACCCUGAUCAAAAGAAUCUGACCCGGAUCGACCCAGAGGAGCCGAUCUCUGAAACGGGCAUAUAUCGAGACCUUUGGGAGCGCAAGCCUCUUGGCGAUGAUGACGGAGACCCACGGGCACACACCGCCGCAUACAAUAGUCUGGAUUACACUAAGGAGGAGGAACGUGCGGCAGCAGCUGAGCAACAAGGAGAAGCAGAAGACGAACUUGCAAAGACCUUGAAAAAGGAAUAG